AUGUCACCCACCUCCAUCCCCACAGGCACAGCCUUCAAGUCCGGCAACGCCUUCCUCGAACGCGCCUACUCGCUACAAAGCGAAAGCGAAGCCAAAGCCCUCUACGACGAAUGGGCCAGCACCUACGACGCCGACCUCGCCGGCGAAGACUACAUGUCGCCGACCGCGGCCGUCACCGCCCUCGCUCACCACCUCGACGAGAACGUCUCCAGCACUCCUGCGCCGUCAAGCCUCACCAUCCUCGACGCCGGCUGCGGCACGGGCCUCGUGGGGCUGGCGCUCAAGACGUCGCACCGCCUGCGCGACGCCGUCGCGGCGGUCGACGGCGUGGAUCUCAGUCAGGGCAUGCUGGACGUGGCGCGCAAGGCGGGCGUGUACAGGGAGCUGAGGACGGCGGAUCUCACCAAGGCGCUGGACUGUGAGGAUGGCAAGUAUGAUGCCGUGUUGUGCGUGGGCACGUUGACCAAGGGGCAUGUGGGGCCGGAGGUGCUGGGGGAGUUUGUGCGCGUGGUGAAGAAGGAAGGGGGGUUGGUGGUGGCGACGGUGUUGAGUGAAAUUUGGGUGGAGGGCGGGUUUGAGCGCGUGGUGGAGGAGUUGCGGAAGGAAGGGCGGGCGGAGGUGUUGGGGGCGGAGGAGUUUGGGAUCCGGAAGGGGGAGGAGAAGGGCGGGAGGAUGUUGGUGUUGAGGAAGCUGUGA